ACAAAGGUGACCAGUAAAGUUCUCUGCGAGCAGCCAAAAAGCAGACAGCUCAUGACUUCUGAUCAGGACACUAAAGUUGUGGCUGAAACGCAGGUGCAGCAAGUACAAGAAGUGAAAGACGGUUCUCAUCUAGAGUCAGCCAAGGUUUCUGAGUUAAAUCCUAAUGCAAAGGUGUGGGGAAAUCAUAUGUUACACUUGGAAGCAAGUGGUGCCACUGAUGGUAGCGUGAGCAAAACGUGGGAAGAAAUACCUGAUCAACCUCCAGAUUCUUGUAAAGAAGGACUGGAUGCCAAUGGUGAUGGUGACAAAAAACAUCAGAAUGCAGUGCUGACAGAGCUGCAGGAGCCAUCACCUCCUGUUUCGGUGUCAGACCAGAUGGGUAUGAACCCUCUGGCUCUUGAUCAUUCUGAGUAUGAGUCUAUGCAUGAAACCACCCAGACAGGUGGAAAUGAACAGUUGCAGCCAGAAGGUCAGGAAGAUUUACGAGAAUUACUGAAAAAAACACUGGAAUUCUGUUUAUCUAGAGAAAAUCUUGCCAGUGACAUGUACCUUAUAUCACAGAUGGACAGUGAUCAGUAUGUGCCAAUAAUGACAGUAGCAAACCUUGAUCAUGUCAAGAAACUCAGUACUGAUAUGGAUUUGAUUGUUGAAGUGCUGAGAUCGUUGCCUUUAGUCCAAGUGGAUGAGAAGGGAGAAAAAGUUAGGCCAAAUCAGAAUCGCUGUAUUGUGAUUUUACGUGAAGUACCUGAAUCUACCCCCAUUGAAGAGGUUGAAGCACUUUUCAAAGGAGAUAAUUUGCCUAAGUUUAUCAACUGUGAGUUUGCCUAUAAUGACAAUUGGUUCAUCACGUUUGAAUCAGAAGCCGAUGCCCAGCAGGCUUACAGAUACCUUAGAGAAGAAGUGAAAACUUUCCAAGGAAAACCAAUUAAGGCAAGGAUAAAAGCAAAGGCAAUAGCUAUAAACACAUUUUUGCCAAAGAAUGGAUAUAGACCUCUGGAUAUGAACCUCUACACGCAGCAGCGUUACACAACAUCCUUUUACUUACCUCCAGUAUACAGUCCCCAUCAGCAGUUUCCACUGUACAGCUUAAUUGGCCCACAGACCUGGUCAGCCACGCACAGCUACCUUGACCCUUCAUUGGUAACACCAUUUCCAAAUACUGGAUUUAUCAAUGGGUUCACCUCUCCAACCUUCAAGCCUGCUGCUUCUCCGUUGACUACACUCAGACAGUAUCCUCCCAGGAACAGGAAUCCUAGCAAGUCUCAUAUACGACAUACAGUACCCAGUGCAGAAAGGGGACCUGGGCUUCUAGACAGUCCCACAAUAUUCAACUUUUCUGCUGAUGGUUUAAUCAAUGGCGUCAGGAGCCCGCAGACGCGGCAGCCGGGGCAGGGCCGGACGCGGGUGCAGAGCGCGGCCACCAGCUACACCAAGAGGGACGCAGGAACGGGGCGGGUGGAGCAGACCAGCGUGGACUCCUCGCCUGGAUUAGGGAGAGGAAGGAAAAACUCAUAUGGCUACCGAAAGAAAAGGGAGGACAAGUUUACAAGAGGCCAAACACAGUCUCCACCACCCCCAAAACCUCCAUCUCCUAGCUUUGAACUGGGUUUAUCUAGCUUUCCUCCAUUACCUGGGGCUGCUGGCAACCUAAAGACCGAAGACCUUUUUGAAAACAGACUGUCCAGUGUGGUAAUAGGAACAUCAAAAGAAAGAAACAUUAAUGUGGAUGCAAGUACAAACACUAUUCCAUCAGGAAUUCCUCGAGAGCCGUUGUUGCCAGUUUCUUCUACGCUGCCCAGGACAUUUGAAAGGUCUCCUUCGCCAUCCCAGUCUUCUGAGGACUCCAAGGUUGCGGACAAACAGCAGAGAGAGACACAGAGUGCAGAAAGGCUUUCUUCUUCCACACUCAGUACUGCAUGUAAAUCGGUACAAGUCAAUGGGGCUGCCAUAGAACUGCGAAAACCUAGUUAUGCAGAAAUCUGCCAGAGAACAACUAAGGAUCCUCCUACAUUGCAACCCCAGAAAGAACAGAAGCCAAACACUGUAGCAUGUGGGAAAGAAGAAAGAAAGCCCACAGAAACAAUAGAGAAAAACAGAGAACCUCCUCCUGCAAAGUCACAUCCUGGACAACCCAAAGACCAGAGGAGACAGUCGGGACGCAGAUCGUCCCCUCCAGCCGUUGGCAAACGCUUAAAUAAAGAACAGAAUACCCCUCCAAAAUCUCCUCAGUGAAACUAACGCCUGGGAGGGAUUUGGAAAGAGGUCUGCUUCCCACAAACUAAACCCAUGUUCCCACUAAGAUACCUGAGAAUGAGUUGCUGGUUAGGAGCUUGCAGUGAUACUAGGC